UUUCGCCAAAGUCACAAUAAAUGAAAAAAAAAAACAAAAUAUCUAUGUUAUGAUCUGUCAAUGUCAGCUGUCCGUCUUUUAGUAUUAUCUUACAAUUUUUAUUAUGUAUUAACUAACAAAUAAUUUCUUUUACCUUAAAAAGUAUUCUAAUUAUGUAUUUGGUGAAGCAGAAUAAUUUGUUUGAGGUACUUGCCUGCCGUGGAUGUCUGGCAACUGAUGUCAAACUAUAUGAUAUGUUUGAAAAUAAGCUAUUUGAACAUUUCGGAAGGCUCGUAGGUGUUCCGGUGCUAGCAGACGAUGGGUACCCCCAUCACCUGUGCGCAAUGUGUGCAGUGCAUCUACAGAAGUUUAUAGCAUACAGGAACAUUUGCAGGAAGGCACAGGAUAAGCUUGAAGAGGCUGAAGUAAGGGGCAUCCGGAUUACCACGUCCUACAUACGCAAAAUGGAUCGCAAGAAACAUACAUUCCUUAAUUAUAUUAAAAAAGAAUUAUUUAACAUCACUCUAUUAGAUUCCAAUGGAUACGACGAAAAAACAAUAGAUUCAGACGAAAAAUAUGAGGUUAUAGUAAAUCCAAAUGAGAGUGUAAAGAAAACAAAUUAUACAGUUACUAAACAAGAAGUUGUAAUUGAAAACGGUUUUAGUAAUAUCGAGACAGAAUUUGUGACCAUAGAUAAUAAAUUAAAAUCAGAAUUAAAUCCCAUAGAUGUAGAAGAUACGAACAUUACAAGCUUUUUUGACAAUUUCUCCAUGUCCAAUGAUAUAUUUGAGAUUACUAACGAUGUGGCCACUACAAAUAAUACAGUAGACUUAACAGCCGAAGAGGAAGAUUCAAAAACAAAGAUAGAUAAACCGCGAAUAAUACUUAAAAAGAAAAAGAAAGUGAAAGAUGUAAAGUUAAAAAAUAAAAAGGGAGAUGUAAUUGAUAUAACGAAGAAAUUCGCCGAAGAAUAUAACUUUGAGCUCACUGUGUUUACUCGCGAGGAGCAAUUAGAAGAAGUGAGGGCGUUAAAAGAGAAGCCCACAAAUAAACUGCAGUGCGACGAUUGCGGUAUAGGUUUCAAUUCUAAAAGUAAAUUGUUGAACCAUUAUAAGAACAAACACGACCCGUCGCUAGGCGAAUACGUGUGUCCCAUAUGCAAUUCUCGGUUCCGUCAGAAGCGUUACCUCCACAAGCACCAUUUGUUCGUUCAUCUAUUUAAAUAUGUGUGCAAGGUGUGCGAUUUUAACACCCGAUCCAGGAGUACAGCGGAAGGUCACGCCGCAUUCCACGCUGGGAAAGUGUUCACGUGUGAUUGUGGGAAAUCCUUCGGCCAUUUAUCUUCGUAUUUGUCUCACAAGCGUUUAACGCACACAUCGAAACUCAAGGGUUGUGAGUACUGUGGUGAAUCGUUCAUCGGCGAGAAGGGUCUGCUUACGCACAAGCGCAAAAUCCACAGCGACAUCCCUGAGACUUGGUUUGUGUGUGAGAAGUGUAACGCCAAGUUCAGAACGGACGACGCUCUGGCCAAACACCAGAGUUUGUACUGUGGUGGGUAUAACUGCGUGAAUUGCGGCGAUAUUUUCACAGCGGAAAAUUUGUUGACCUACCAUCUAGUGCAGAAUCAUAACCACAGGAAUAUUUCUGAGGAGCCGAGCGAGUGUAAUGCUUGUAACACGAAGUUCCAUAACCAUGCAGCGCUGCGGAGGCAUUUGGAUAAGUGUGGGCAGGUUGUUCCCUGUGUGCAGUGCGGUGAAGGCUUCGACACCGAGGACGAGAUGAAUGAGCAUCUGAACACACAUACGACAGAUUACUUCAAAUGUGAAGUGUGCAACGGUACGUAUAAAUCGGCCUACAAUUUCGCCGAACACUACGCCAAACACAUCGCCAGGCCCGACCACGUGAACGUGCCCGGCCACCUGAGGAACCCAGCGUUCCGGGGCUUGAGGGACGAUGGGAAGAUCAUGAAGGUGGCCAGGAAGGUCAUGUGCGAGAUCUGCGGGAAACUGUGCAUGGAGAACGCAUACCCGACGCAUCUGAAAACCCAUUCGGAUGAGAAAGAAUAUAAAUGCACUAUAUGUUCCAAGCAGUUCAGUGUACUGAUGUCGUUACAGGGUCACAUGCGGGUGCACACCAACGAGCGGCCAUUUGAAUGCGACUACUGCAAGAAGAAGUUCAAAUUACGUGGAGCUGUAGUGAGACACAUAAUGGGGGUCCACCUCGGAGUCAGGCCACACCAGUGUCAUCUGUGUCAGAAGUACUUCAAGACGUCCACUUGUGUGAAAAUGCAUAUUAAAACGGUUCACAUGAAGAUACCAAUGCCACCGAGGAUUAGAAAACGUCGGCCGAAGUCUACAGACAUGAUUUAAAAAAGCGCGGGAAAGCAUUAGCUUUUUUUGUUACAAAUGUCAAAUUGGUUUCUUUUUUUUUAGGACUUGGCAUCUUAGAAUUUCGCCAGCGAUAAGUCACUCUUGUUUUAGUUAUUUAUCUAUAGCAUCGAAGUGAUAUGAGGAGAGAAAAAGAACAAACUAUCGCGGAGUUUUUAUUUUCCCAAAUCAUAGACAGAUUUGGCAAUAUUUGAAUUUAGAAUACCUACCCCAAAGGGGCUAAGGCGUGCAAUUGUAGAUAAAUAAAAUUUAUAACUACGGCCGCCACGUUGUUGCAACGUUUAAUUCCAUUUUUGAAUUGAGAAGGGACAGAUAGUCCUGUAAUGUUGGUGCAAUAAAAUGUUAAAUAAAUAAAUAAUAAAAUAAAUAAUUAAAUUCAACAAACUACGCAGCUUCAUUAAAGGAUAAUUUCCACCGAAUGGCUCGCAUCGAAUCAGAACGUAUUUUACAAUCUUUAAACGAUAUUAAAUCGUGUACACAGAAUUUAAAGUCUAUACUACCUAGCCGCUCACAGCAGGUUGACCGCGGGCGUCUACCGCGACACGCGAUACGCAGGGCGACGGUUAAGCCGGCCCGGCACGGUCGACGACACAGUAUACUGCCUCAUUAUAAUUUAUUCUACAUUUUCAUCCCGUUAGCCGGUACUAUUUACAAUAGAACCGGCUCCGCCCACUUGGCCCAAAAUUAGGUGGCAGCCUGCGCAGUCGACGCUCGGGCAAAGAGCGAUUGCUCGAAAUCCGCACCUAUAACCCCGUAAGGAGUUACGGACGACCCCAUGUGUGACAGGCGAUCGGCUCCGUUCGCCUGUCAUCGUAUCCGAUCGGAUCCUUUCAGCUGCUGUUGUGUGCAUUUAAAGCCGUGGCCGGAUGGCGCCAUUCAAUUUGUUUUUUCCUCUUAAAUAAAUAAUAGAUUAUUUAUUUAUUUGUUUAUAUACUUUUGUAUAUUCACUAUUAGUAUAGAUUUUUUUUUUAUGGGUGAAAAUGGUAUGGGAUUC